GCAGUUUAUGGUGAUAGAAAUGAGCUUUGACUCAAUCUCUGCUUAAGAGAUUUGAAGCAAUGCAAAUAUGAAUUUUAUCCUACUUCUCGUCAUCGCUAUCUUUUGUCCUCCAGUUGCUGUAUUUAUGUGUUUGGGAUGCAGUAAUCACUUGGUAUUGAAUAUAUUUUUGACUGGUUUCGUCUGGCUUCUUGGUAUUGGCCAUGCCUGGAUCAUAAUAAUCGCUUCGGUGGUGACUGCAUGCAAAGAGAAUCUGAUGAAUUUAUUGAAAGAAGAGAUAGGAGCCCAGGAAAUGGAAGUAAGAAGUCCGGCUGUGGGUGUUCCAGACGAGGUAUCUGUGGAAAUGCCAGAGCAGUCAGAA